ACUAGCAAGGUUAAUCAGCAAGGUCACUGGUUUGAACCCCACGGCCACCACCAUUGUGUCCUUGAGCAAGGCACUUAACUCCAGGUUGCUCUGGGGGGAUUGUCCCUGUAAUAAUUGAACUAUGAUUGUCUUGCUGGUAACAUGCCUUGCUGCCAUUCUGUGCCCCACUGCUCACAGUUCAGACUCCACAGUGGAAUGGUGCUAUCACGAGCCAGCCUGUAAUUUUACCACGUGGCCCAAAAUUGUCUCUGACUUCUGCAAUGGAUCAUCACAAUCUCCCAUUGAUAUUGUGACUGCAAAUGUUCAGGCAAAUUCCAGUCUCACCUCAUUCAACUUUACUGGUUUUGGUGACAAUGCAACCUUCUUGACAAUUAUAAACAGUGGCGAAUCUGUGGUGGUCAAACUGGAUGAUAGUACAAUGAUGGUGAAUGGAGGUGGUCUUCCUGGUAUGUACAACUCUGUACAAUUCCAUCUCCACUGGGGUAAUGGCAGCUCUGCACCUGGCUCUGAGCACACCGUGGAUGGCAAACGAUUCCCAGUGGAGCUGCACAUUGUGAAUGUUCAUUCAAAGUACAACAGGAGUGUCUCUUCGGCAAUAGCUUCUAAUGACUCAUCAGCAUUGGCUGUUCUUGGUUUCUUCAUUGAGGGAACCAAUGACACAAGUAACUCAAAAAGCUGGGAAACCCUAACAUCUUAUUUGUCAAACAUCACCAACGCAGGUAAUGCAACAACAGACAUCAUGAAUAAAAUUACAAUGGACAGUCUGCUUGGAAAUGUGGACAGGACAAAAUAUUACCGUUACAAAGGCUCCCUUACCACACCCAGCUGUAAUGAAGUUGUGAUCUGGACUGUGUUUAAAGACACCAUCAAAGUCAGUCAUGAGUUGAUCAAUCUCUUUAGUAAAACUGUCUAUUUCAAGAAAACAAGCCCACCAAUUCAGAUUACAAACAACUUCAGAGGUGUUCAGUCUAUGAAUGGCAGAGUUGUGACAUCACAGGUGGCAGAAACUGUGACCUCUACAGGACCUUCAUCAGCAGCCGCAACUACUUUCUGUAUUAUCACAGCACUUCUCUUCUCCAGUUCAACCUGGCUGUAAAAACUAGGGUUUAACAUGUAGAGUAAUAAAGUAUAUUCUUAGUAAAAUAAUUCCCCUGAAAAUGAAUAUUCAUUAUUUAUGCACUCUCACAUUGUUUCAAACCCAUAUGACUUUAUUCUGUGAAACACAAAAGCAGUUGAUUAAGUCCAAGUCCCCAUUAACUUUCACUACAUCUUUUUUUUACAUCCAAUAAAAGUGAAUGGUCAUUCUGCGUAACAUCUCCUUUUGUGUUCCACAGCAGAAAGAAAAUCAUACAGGUUUUCCAAACAACGCGAGAGCAAGUAAAUGAUGACCGAAUUUUCAGGGUUUUUUACAUUAUGCUUUUAUUUAUCUUUUGAAUAAUGUGUUAGCUUUAACAUGUGUAAUCAUGGUUGAUGUCUUCCAAAUAUAUGUUUUGCGAAUAUUUAACUCAGAAUUGUAUUAGUUGAUGAUACUUGACUAUUCCUAUUUCUAGGUUUUGUAAUCAUAAACAUACACUGUAAAAAGUGGUAACUUGCAAUUGUUACAUAAAGAGCUAUUUCUACCUAAUCUAACCCUUAAAAUGAGUGUUUUUGGUGUAACCUAAUGCAUUGAGGUUGAUUCAGUGACAUUUAAUAAUAUAUUUGACUUUAAUAAAACCAGUUAAUUUAGAUGUUACCACACGAAGCACAUUCUUAGGUUAACAUUUUUUCAGUGUAGUCUGGAGUUACGAUUAUUUAUUUAUAUAUAUAUAUAAGGGGGAUGGCAGGUUUUAAAUAUCUGGGAGUUUCUUUGGGGACAAACGAGUACAGAAAGCAAAAUUGGGAGGGCCUACUGGAAAUGGUUGCUGCCCCAGCUGCCCUACAGGGGAAGGGUGCUGAUAUGUAAGUCACCUCUUUGGCAGAGGGAAGAACCACUGCUUUUUAACUCUGCACUGAACCUGGAUAUUUUUAAAGACACAUCCCUGAGGAAAAGUCUUGCAAAAUCACAAAAGUUGGAUAUUUAACAUCUGAGGGUGAAUAGAUAUCAGCUGUUUUUUUUGCUUCAAAACUGGGUAUAAGAUCAAUUUGAGUGGCCAAGACAUUUUUGACUCAAAUAGUUCAGUUUUUGCCACUGAGCUAUAGACAUUCCUCAGAAACACAUAAUUGGGAUUUUCAGCUGAGACUGUAAACUGGGAAGAAAUUGAGGGUGGCCCAUUAUAUUUAAGACACCUCAGCUGGGAUUUUUCAGCAAUACAGGGAAAAAAAUCACUGUACACACUGUUGUAAAGAUACUGCAUCUGCAUGCUCUUGCAAACGAAAAGGAGUCCAAGAGGCUAGAUAGAAUAGGUGCAUCCCCCAGGGGCAGCUGGAGGACCUUGUACAAACCUCCCAUUGAAAAAAACAUAUGGAGAUCUUCAGUGCAUUGAGGUUAGUGCAUGGUAUAAUAGUGAUGUUGAUUCAGUUCUAAGGGGUUUAAUGAGAUCACAAAUAAAAAGUGAAUAUAUGUAUUAUUAA